UCAGUUUUGAGGGAAAUGAAGUGUCUUAUUUUAUUGGUCCUAUUCUACGGGGUGCUGGGAGUACCAGUGGAGGAUGAAGCAUUACAGGAAUUUGUUGCAGGAAAUCACAAAUUUACAGCAGCUGUGUAUAAGGAAAUUUUAAAAAAACAACAAGGCAACUUAAUCGUUAGUCCGCUGUCAGCUGAGGUAGUCCUAGCUCUCACCAACGAAGGUGCAAGAGGAGAGACAGCCGCAGAACUGGCGGCAGGCCUUUCUUUGCCCAAUACCAAAGAAAAGACACAACAGGCAAUCAAAUCUAUAUUACCAAAUCUCCAGAGAUCCGAGGAACGUUUGAAGCUGCUCAGUGCCAACAAAAUCUACACCGACAAAGACCUAAAACUUGAAGAUGACUUCAAGACAGUCGCGGCUACAGUUUAUGAAUCAGGUGUUGAGAGCAUCGACUUCGCUAAAAAGGACGAAGCGGCAUCUACAAUUAACAAUUGGGUAGAGGAUAACACGAAUCACAAAAUCAAAGACCUACUCCAACCGGCAGACCUUAAAGACGACACCAAAGCAGUUUUAGUAAACGCCCUUUAUUUCAGUGGCAAAUGGAUUUCUCCAUUCCGAAAAUAUUUAACCCAAAAGAAGAAGUUCUUUACAACCAAAGAUGAUUCUGUCGACGUAGACACCAUGAGCCAGAAUGAACAUUUCAAGUACUACGAAAGUCCAACUCUUAAUGCAAAAUUUUUGGAACUUCCUUACCAAGGUGCUGAUAUACAAAUGGUUAUUGUUUUGCCGAAAGAAAAGGACGGGCUAAAUAGCCUGGAGCAGAAUAUCGAACAAUUGUUAGCUCCUCAACCACUUACCCGUGAAAGAGUCAACGUGCAGCUGCCCAGAUUUACUAUAGAAACUAAAAUAAAGUUCGUUCCAAUUUUACAGAACUUGGGAGUAAGAAAAUUAUUUGAAGAUGCCGAUUUAACUGGACUCUCCUCGAAUUUCAAGAAUCUUUUCGUCAGUGACGUGAUCCAAAAGGCUUUCAUCAAUGUCACCGAAUCCGGCACAGAGGCUGCCGCUGCAACAGCAGUGUUAAUCAACAGAAAAUCUGCUAUACCAAUGUAUCGUUAUGAUUCAGUCUACUUUUAUGCUGACCAUCCUUUCCUGUAUUUGAUUAAAUCAAAAGGAUUAAUUCUUUUCGCUGGACGCUUCACAAAUCCAUGCAAAAAAAGUAACACCGCUAUUACAUCUGUGACCAUUCAACAGUCAGUUCAAGAUAUCUUCAGAAGGAAAAUGAAGUGUGUUCUUUUGUUGACCUUAUUGUACGGGGUACUGGGAGUACCAGUAGAGGAUGAAGCAUUACAGGAAUUUGUUGCUGGGAAUCACAAGUUUACAGCUGCUGUCUACAAGGAACUUUCUAAAAAACAACAAGGUAACUUUAUCGUCAGUCCGCUGUCAGCUGAGGUAGUCCUAGCUCUCACCAAUGAAGCCGCAAGGGGAGAAACAGCCACAGAACUGACGACAGGCCUCUCUUUGCCCAGUACCAAAGAAAAGACACAGAAAGCGAUCAAAUCACUGCUACCAAAAUUGAAAAGAUCCGAGGAACAUUUAAAACUGCUCAGUGCCAACAAAAUCUAUACCGACAAAAGCCUAAAACUUGAGGACGACUUCAAGACAAUCGCGUCAACAAUUUACGACUCAGGUGUUGAGAGCGUUAAUUUUGCCAACAAGGAAAAAUCGUCUGCUACAGUAAAUGAUUGGGUGGAAGACAAAACCAAUCAUAAAAUUAAAAACCUAAUCAAACCCAAUGAUAUUCAAGACAAUACAAAGGCUAUUUUAGUCAACGCUCUUUAUUUCAGUGGUAAAUGGACUUCUCCAUUCAACAACUACACCACAAAUAAGAAAAAAUUCUUUAAAACCAAAGACGAUUCCGUUGACGUCGAAACCAUGAGUCAAACCGAAUAUUUCAACUACUACGAAAAUCCAACCCUAAACGCCAAAUUUUUGGAACUCCCUUACGAAGGCGCUGAUAUACAAAUGGUUAUCGUCUUACCGAACGAAAAGGAAGGAUUAAAAAGCGUGGAGCAAAACAUAGAACAACUGUUGGCUCCUCAGCCAUUCAAACAGGAAAGAGUUGAUGUGCAGUUACCCAGAUUUACUAUAGAAACUGAAAUAAUGUUCGUUCCUAUUCUGAAGAGCUUGGGAAUAAACAGAUUGUUUGACAACGCCGACUUAACAGGAAUGUCCUCAAAUUUUAAAGAUCUUUACGUCAGUGAUGUCAUCCAAAAGGCUUUCAUCAAUGUCACCGAAUCCGGUACAGAAGCUGCCGCUGUAACAGCAGUUUUAGUCAACAAAAUUGAUUCUGUUGGGCCUAUUUAUGAGGAUAAACCGGUUCUGUUCCACGCCGACCAUCCAUACCUGUAUCUUAUUAAAUCAAACGGAGUAAUUCUUUUCGCUGGUCGUUUCACACGUCCAUAACAACAUAACAUAUACAUAUUUAUAAUAACUAAAUAUUU